AUGACGGAUUUCGCUGGCGGGCUUGAUCGUAAAAAAUGCAAACUUGAGCAAGAGUUUGGUUCGACUGCUGCACAAGCAAGUUCUUGUUUGAUGAUUUUAUCACUUAUUGCCAUAAUUCUACCUGCUGUAUUCAUCCUUGCUAUCAACAACGGAAAUCUUAAUUCUAUCACUGGAAAUUUUAAUUCUUCGAAUGGAACUGAAA